AUGGGUGUCUCUCAGAAAUGGGUUACUGUACUUCUUCUUUUGUUAUGCAUUGCUUUUGAGUUGAGUGCUGUCACUUUUGGCGAUGACAAGCUUGAUGAGACUCGGUUUCGUGAUGGUGAUGAUUAUUGUCGUUGGGGUAGACGCUGUGGCGGUCGCUAUGGUCGUGGUGGAGGACGUGGAGGAGGAGGUGGAUUUGGCGGUGGAGGUGGUAGAGGUAGAGGUGGGGGUGGAGGCAUUGGUGGUGGACGAGGUGGAGGACUAGGAGGAGGGGGAGGAUUAGGAGGAGGUGGUGGAGCUGGUGGAGGAGGAGGACUAGGAGGUGGUGGCGGAGCUGGAGGAGGAUUAGGAGGUGGCGGUGGAGCUGGUGGAGGUCUAGGAGGAGGGGGUGGAGCAGGUGGAGGACUAGGAGGUGGAGCAGGUGGAGGACUAGGAGGAGGUGGUGGAGUCGGAGGAGGUGGUGGAGCUGGAGGAGGAGGUGGAGUUGGUGGCGGUUCAGGCAGUGGUGGAGGUUUUGGAGCUGGAGGUGGUGUAGGUGGAGGUGUUGGAGGUGGUGCGGGAGGAGGUGGUGGUGGAGGAGGUGGGGGAGGAGGUGGAGGCGGUCUUGGUGGUGGUUCAGGCCAUGGAGGAGGUUUUGGGGCUGGGGGUGGUGUCGGUGGCGGUCUUGGAGGUGGUGCUGGAGGAGGAGGCGGUGGAGGUGGAGGAGGAGGAGGUGGUGGUGGUGUUGGUGGCGGUUCAGGUCAUGGUGGAGGGUUUGGAGCCGGAGGUGGUGUAGGUGGUGGUGUUGGAGGUGGGGCCGGAGGGGGUGGUGGUGGAGGUGGAGGAGGCGGCGGCGGUGGAGGCCUUGGUGGAGGAUCAGGACAUGGAGGUGGAUUUGGGGCUGGUGGUGGGGUAGGCGGUGGUAGAGGUGCAGGAGGUGGUCUUGGUGGUGGCCGUGGAGGAGGUGGAGGAAUUGGAAUUGGAAUCGGCAUCGGCAUAGGAGUUGGGUCUGGCUCUGGUUCUGGAACCGGCACUGGUACAGGAACCGGCAGAGGUGGUGGUGGGGGUAAUUGA